AUGAGGGUCAUUCAACGCUUUGCUUCUCUCAACACCUCCGACCUCCAGUGGCUCAACUCCGCCAAUGUAGUUCUCUUGCCCAAAAAGGAAGGGGCGGAAGGCAUCUCUGACUACAGGCCUAUUAGCCUCAUCCACGCCAUUGCUAAAAUCAUCGCCAAGGUGGGUCGCGCGGUGGAGUUGGCCUUAGAUCCCUACUUGUUUAGGGAUUUCACUCCUGCCGAGAUAUUCCAUCCUUGCUUACAGUGUGCCGGCAUAGUGUUGUUUCACCAUCAGGCGGACAUAUGGCUGCUCGACGCGGAUCAGCGUGUUGCCCACAUGUUAGCCAGACGAUACUGCAACCGCCUGCAGAUGAAAGAUGGACCGGUUGCCCUAUUCCACAACGUGCCACCAAAUUUGCUCGAGUACCCGGAACAUGAGGCGUGGAAUGAUCCCAGAUGGGCCAUCUUCAUGGAAGACGACGAGGAAAACGUCGGCUGCAAAAUAGAGAAAGCCUUCUGCCCUCCAAAGGUCGCAAAAGGCAACCCUUGCUUCGAGUACAUAAGAUGUAUAAUCUUCCCUUGGUUUGGAAAAUUCGAGGUGGUUCGAAAGGAAGAGAAUUGUGGUGCGACGUUCUUUAGCAUGGAGGAGCUUACUGUUGCCUAUGAAAGUGGCAUUCUGCAUCCCGCCGACGUGAAAGAUGCGCUUGAGAAGGCAAUAAACAUGAUGUUGCGGCACAUCAAUGAUCGCCUCAGAAGCAACACCGGAGGCAAAGAACUAGUGGAAGCAAUGGAGCAGCGAUUCAGCAUACCGUGGUGA